AUGAUCAAAGAGCUCAAAGGUCGUGUGAGCCAGCAUCAAAACAAGAGGGUGCCCAAUAAAAAAACCACAGUGAUCACCAAAACAAAAGGCAAAAAGAAGAACAACCCAUCAAAGAUAGAGAGGAGAGAUAUUGCAGAAAAGUGGAAAAAAGAUGAAGGGUCUACCAUGAAGUUGGGGAAGAUGCCUCCAGACCAGAAAAAUCAAAUGGGGUCAAAGAUGCAAAGAAUGUAG